AUGGACAUCGCAGAACAAGCAGCUGAGAUUAGAAGGAACUGGAUCUUCUUCGUUUCUACUGAUCCAGUUCUUCUCCGAGGCUGUCUUCUUGCAGCAUGUCGAUACUUGGCUCAAGUUGAGCUCCGUGAUGAGUACACAUUGUUGGCCAUCCAGUACAAGCAGUACUAUUUACAAAGCCUUCGGAAGGGACUCUCUUCGCGGACUCUUCCGUCGCGUCGGAAUGCGGUUGCAAUGACCACAGUUCUCGCGCUGGAUGAGAUUACUUGUGGAGAUCACCUUGUCGCUGCAAAACAUGUACUAGGCGCCAUGAAGAUGGUUGAGGACGCCGGUGGGCUCGACCGUCUUGGGCUGAAUCAUCUUGUCCGUUAUGUCCUCUACAACCUCAUGUUCGGCAAGCGAUUAUCAGAAUGGGAUGUGGAUCUACAACUGGCCUCAACACUCAUGACACCAGACUCAAUACUGCCCUAA